CCUCACACUGAGCCAAACUCAGUUAUUGUUACUGGAAGCUUCGAUGAGUGGUCCCAAUCAAAACGUCUGCAGAAAGGAGAGGAUGGCUUUAAGGGUACGGCAGAAAUUAACUGGAAUGAGAAAAUCACGUACAAGUUCGUCGUCGACGGCCAAUGGGUUGUAAACAACCAGGAACCAACUGAGGCCGACAAUUCAGGUAACGUUAACAACGUUCAUACCGCACCAGAAAAACCU